AUGCAGAGGUCAAAAAUAGUUCAUGAAGGCGCCCAGAUUCGACGAAGAGGAGCCCAUGAUUUCCUUGCUUACUAUGACUUCCUCUGUGCAAGACAAGACUCAGUUCCUCUUCCUGCAGUCACCAUGAAUCUUGACAAAGGGAUUUUGGACUUCAAUGGAGACCGGAUUAAACAUCCAGACUGGCCACCAAUUCUUGACUCCAUUGCAAUUAAUAAACAAUUGCAUCAUGUUGCGAUAAGCAGUACUUAUCAAAGUUUGGGCCUUGGAGAUGGAGAUAGAAGAUACUUCAGAACCAGUAUGAAGAAAAAGAUUCCCACCAUUCGCUCAAAGGACAUGACCUUUAAGUUGUCCAAAGCCGUAAGAGACACACUCACUGUUUCUCCCAACCUGAAAACUCUGCAGCUUAAUGGAUUACCCCUGAGGGAACGAGAUCUUAUUGUGUUGACAAAGGGAUUAGCAAAAAGUGUGUCACUUGAGAACCUUUCUCUGGCCAACUGCCCCAUUUCUGAUGAAGGACUUGAGAUAAUCUGUCAAAGUGUCAAGUAUUCUACAAGUAUCAGAACAGUGGAUUUCACUGGAUGCAAUCUGACGUGGAGAGGUGCAGAGCACAUGGCUAACAUCAUCAAGCACCAGGGCAUGCAGAGGCACGGAACUGCAUGGGCAGAGUCUCUCAGAUAUCGUCAGCCACAUUUUGAGAGGAUGACGGGCUUGAGGCGUGUAACUCUGAACUGUAAUUCGCUGAUUGGAGACAGAGGAGCUGCUGCCCUCGCAAAUGAAUUAGCAGAGGAUCUCUGGGUUAAAGCUGUAGAUCUGCAAAGAUGUGGCCUUUCUAACGAGGGCGCUCGGCGAUUACUGGAAACUUUGAAGACUAACUCCACAUUAUCUGUUCUGGACGUUCGUAGUAAUCCUUUAAUAGACAAAGUUCUUAUUAAAACAAUUUUGGAGAAGGUGCUUAUGAAUGCUGACGGAGAGUCUCCAGAGUUUGUCUGGAUCAAACCAACUGUCACUGAGUCUCAAAGAACAGCAGGAUUUAAAAGACGAGCCCUGCCUUCUUCAUCUAGAGGAAAAUCACUGUCAAGAAAUGCUGUGCGUAAAACAAACUCCUCAGUGAUUGGCGGUUCCAGAGUUCUACACCAAAAGUCAUGUUCACAGUUGCGUUAUUUCCCAUGGAGAACUGCGGCGCGGGCUGGACGUCAGAGAGGUCUCCCUCCUGGAGCCACAGUGGUUGAUCAAAGUUUUCAGGGAGCUGCCAGUGUAAAAAUCAUUGUAGACAGUGAUUCAGAGGAAGACGACGGUGAAGAGCCUGACAUCGUGGUAGAGGCAGAGCAGAAGCCGUCAUCACCAGCUGCUCAAGACGAGAUCACGGAGCGACAGUUUAGACGUUUGCAGAUGGAGCUGAAAGAAUGUCGUUUGAUGCUGGCAGAGGAGCGCAGGGCCAGACUCCGAUCAGAGACCAGACUCAAGGAGUUUGAGCUGGAAAACGCACGACUCCGCACAGCUAACCUCUCUCUUACUGAGACCCUCGCCAACUCUUCCUCCGCUCCUGCUGCUUUCAGUGCCCUUGAAGACGAGGCAGUCCUGGAGAGUAUCGAAAACUCAUUUAAAAAGUUCCAUGCCUUUUUGGACCUCCUCAAGGAUGCCGGCCUAGACCAACUAGUAUCAAUGGCUGGACUUGAAAAAUCGGAUUUUCAGCCUCUUGGAAAACCACAGCUCUCCUCAACUCUUGGACCACCUUUGGCCGCUACCCUGUCACGGAACCAACACGUGAACACGUUUGGAGACCUGCGAACAGAAACCAGUCUCUCAGCCAAGGUCCUGUCUCCUCCACCCAUCACCCCAGCUGUCGUCAUGCCAACCCAGUCAUCCUCAUCAUCAGCGUCCUCCUGUCAUGGAGACAAUUUGCUGGACGUGACAUUUACACAAACUGCAAAAUCUCCUCAAGUACCUGAAGUGGAGGGAGAACCAACCGUAGACCAGCAAUCAAAACCCAUUCAAAAAUAUGCACGUGGCUGUAUGAAAACACACCACAGUCAACGAAGCCACUCCCCACACAGUCAUUCCACCCAUAGCAACGGCUCUCAGGCGUACAGUGAUGCUUCCCACCGCAGCAGUCGAUUGUGCUCCAAGUCCAGUGUCAGGGAGGUCAUCAGUGAUAAAGUGGACUCUGACAGGUCAUUGACGAGCCCUGGGAGCGGCCGAGACGACAUCAUGAAUCGGAUCACUUCUCUGCGAGGAUUGGGGACUCAGUCUUUCAGUACACUUUUCUGA